GUCCAAGUCUUUACUUGCGUGCAGACAAAUCAAAUGAAGGGUUAAGUUCCUAUUACCUCAUCUGCAGCCAAUCAGCGUGGAAGACCCUUCAGAGGGCGUGUCCUGUGUGCGGACCACCGGAGCUUAGGUCCUGGAAAUAUCAGUGCUGCCGGUUGUUGUCUUGGAAAAAAAAAAAAAAAAAGAGAGAGACCACGUGACCGGCUCUGCAACCGACAUGUCACCUGCAGGUAGAAGGCUCGUCAUUAACACAGUUACUUGAAAAGACAUGACGGGAAGUUGCCCUCUCCCCUUGUGUCCUGAAGCUCUUACCAUCCCAGCUUGACACUGGCAUUAUUCUGCAUCUUCUACGAAGACCUCAGCCGUCAGAAUGAACCUCAUAGUGGCAAAGCUGCUGUGCUUGCUGGCGGUGUUUGUGUUGAUGAUGUUGGGUUCUCUCCUCCCAGUGAAAAUGAUGGAGGCAGACUCUGAGAAGGCUUCUCGCUCUCGGAGGGUCCUUGCCUUGUGCAAUUCUUUUGCUGGAGGCGUAUUUUUGGCUACUUGCUUCAAUGCGCUUCUACCCACAGUGAGAGAAAAGAUUUUCGAGGUUCUGAAGAUGGCGAACAUCAACACAGAUUAUCCACUGGCUGAGACUAUAAUGCUAGUUGGGUUUUUCCUCACAGUCUUUGUGGAGCAAGCUAUUCUGACAUUCAGGAAAGAGAAGCCUUCUUUCAUUGACAUGGAAACGUUUAAUGCAGGAUCUGACGCUGGCAGCGACUCUGAAUAUGAAAGCCCUUUCAUAUCUUCUAACAGAGGCCAUAAUUUAUAUGAAGUUGGCCACAGUCACCACUCUCAUGGCUUAAAUAUCCAAGAGCUGUCCCGUUCAAGUCCACUUCGACUCUUCAGCUUGGUGUUCGCGCUCUCUGCCCACUCAGUCUUUGAGGGCCUGGCACUUGGCCUUCAGGAGCAGGGUGAUAAAGUGCUAAGCCUUUUCAUUGGUGUUGUCAUCCAUGAAACACUAGUAGCAGUGGCACUUGGAGUCAGCAUGGCUAAGGUGAACAUUCUGCUUCGUGAUGCAGCUAAGAUGGCCAUAUUAGUAAGCAUUAUGAUUCCCAUUGGCAUCGCCACUGGAAUGGCGAUUCAGAGUGCCCAAAAUUUGGCCAGCAGUAUUACCUCUGCUUUGCUGCAGGGCAUUGCAGGAGGAACUUUUUUGUUUGUUACAUUUUUUGAAAUUUUGGCGAAGGAGCUGGAAGAUAAACAUGACCGAUUAUUAAAAGUGCUUUUCCUGGUUCUUGGGUACACUGUUCUAGCAGGACUUGUCUUCUUCAAAUGGUAACAGAAGAUGGAGUGUAGUUACAGAAAAUAUUUCUAUGUGUACAUACCUUAGAUGAAACAUCAUAUUGUAAAAAAUGUCUUCUUUUUUUUAAAAGAUCUGAUUGUAGCUUUAAAGGGAAACUGUCAUCAACAUUAUGCUGCCCAUACUAACGGCAGAAUAAAGUAGAGACAGGUGAGAUGAUUUCAGCGGUC